AUGGGGCGCGUGAAGCUGGCCAUCAAGCGGAUCGAGAACAACACGAACCGGCACGUGACCUUCUCCAAGCGCCGGAACGGGCUCAUCAAGAAGGCCUACGAGCUCUCCGUCCUCUGCGACAUCGACAUCGCCCUCCUCAUGUUCUCCCCCUCCCGCCGCCUCUGCCCCUUCUCCGGCCGCCACGGGGUGGAGGAUGUGCUUCUCCGGUACCUCAACAUGUCCGACAACGACCGGGGAGAACCCAUCCAGAAUCGAGAGUACCUCAUCAGCAUGCUCCAGAGGCUCAAGCGCGAGAGCGACAUGGCCACACAGCUAGCAAACCCGGGGGCAUUGAACGAGAAGGUAGAGGAGAUUCAGAAGGAGAUAUACGCGUGUCAGCAGCAGCUGCAGAUCUCCGAGGAACGCCUCAGGCUGUUCGAGCCGGACCCCGCCGCGUUCGGUUCCAUGGUUGAGAUCGACAAUUGCGAGAAGUUCCUCAUGGACAUGCUCACCCGCGUCGUCGAGAGGAAGAACUACCUGCUGAGCAACCUGGCCCCGUUCGACCCGACGGCGCCCGGGAUGCAGGGCGGGAACGAGGCGCAGAUGUACGUGCACGCGAUGAAGACGGAGGAAGGCGGCGGCAUGGGCACGUUCGCCGGCGACGCCGCCGCGCUGUGGGGCUCCGACGACGGGCAGAACCCCGGCCACCAGAUCUUCGGCGGGACGGACCCGAUGAUCUACCUCAGCGACCCGGACGUGUACGACGGCAAAUCGCAGGUGGCCGGAAUGCACGGCGGCGACGGAGACGUCGGGGGCAGCAGCCAGACGGCGGAUCCGUGGCGGCAGGCGUACAGCUGCACCGAGCUGCUCUCCACGCUCAUCCCCAACACGCCCUUCCCUCUCAUGCAGCACUGCCUGGGGCCCGACGACGGCCAGUACCUGCCGGCCAUGGUGCCGGCGGCACAGGACCAGCUCGAGGCGUCCGCCAGCUGCUCCUACAACAUACCCACCAGCGACGAGAGCGGCACGCCCGUCAUGGCGUACGACGGCGGCGGUGGCGUGCCGCCGCCCAACGUCGGCUGA